UUGGCUGUAGCAACAAAUAUGGCGGACGACGCAAGAGAUCAGUCAACUUUAAAGAUUUAAGGUCAAUACUUCAUUUACUAUUGGUUCAUUCGUCUUGUCAACCACAUUUCCGUUUGCAUUAAUACUGAGACAAAUCUUUAACCAUGGAAAAAGGCUAAUCCGUACAAUUACGAAGAUAAUUAACUUUGAUGGACCUCAGAGGGUAGCGUUCCCUCAUUCUUUGGUUGGGCUGUUGACAAGUGUACAGCAGACGGAUUGAUGUGAACACUAGGUUCGAUGUAUCACUUGGUAUAACACUACAACACACAAAACAACACACUGAAGUUGAUGAAACCUACAUGAAAAGAGUUUAAGAUUUUAGACAGACCAUGGGAAGAGAACCUAUUUGGACACCUGGAGGUGAACAGUUUCCCAAUGAACGACUGAAUUGUAUAAGUAUUGCUACAGGAAACUGAAGACCUUUACAAGCACCAUGUUCAGGCAUGACUUUCAGGGUGGUCCAUACUUUGAAAUCUUCAGCGCUCAGGGCAAAGAUUCCACAUCUCACUGGAAGCUGCAGAAUGGGACAGGAAUCAAGAAGCUUUAUGAAAAGGAGGUUAAAGGUUAUGUGUACACGCUGGAAGGCACCUCGGCUACCACCCGGAUACAGCUGCCGAGGGACUCGAGACAUUCAUUGACGCUGAUUCAGCGCUACCUUGUAUUACAGCUGUACUUGGUAAAGGGACAAGAAUUCUCCAUAGAGCUUGGUGUGACGGACAUGCACAACAAUAAACGCCGGAUCCAAAUGUCUACCUCACAGAAGGAGACACAAGUCACGCCACUACAUGCACGGAUCCCACUCAAUGUGGUCCGGAAAGCUGUGUGGUUGAACCUGUGUCUGGAUCUGGUGUCACUUGUGGGCGAGACAUGGAAGGGAGAGACAUACCGAGCCAUAGAGGCAGUCGCAAUCUCAGCCAACUGUAAACUGAAGCGAGUGUUUACAAUGAAGGUUCAGCCCCCUGACACAACGGAUGAUGAUGAACUAUAUGGGUGCAGCAGCAGUAACCCUGGUGAGGUGGAUCCCAUCCCGAAACAUUGUCAGCUGCCCACAGAUGUCCCACAGUGUACACAGGUUUUAACUCUCAACAAGAUCAAGCAUGGUGAGAGACUGAGAGAGGGCAGUGGAGGGUUGAGCAGACCUGUGUCGACACUUAACCUAGACUCCAGCCUCAACAGCCAGAGGUCCUACCACAUUGCGUUUGGCUCCAAGGUUCCGACUGAGGCCGAUACCAGCAGGAAGUCAGCCAGACAGGGUAACUUCACAAACAGGAGCAUGAGGUCGACAUCUUCAAGGCUGGACGAUGGUUAUGGAACAGGCUCCUAUUUAGACCUGUCUGGGAGCUCCACAAGUCGGAACGGUCUACUGUCCACCCGAGAGCCACAGAGAGAUUCCUCUGCAGGGAGCAACACCAGUCAACCGCGGAGUGGCAAGGCCAAGUCUGAACCAGCUCUCGUGGAUGAAAAUGACAAUCAAAAUUAUAGCCAGAAAGGAGUGAAAGAGGGCCCUAUCGUGACCCCCCACCCUCCCAGAGAGCCGUCAUCUGACCGAAGGAGACGGAGACCGAGGGUGAAGAAUGUUGACACUAAAGAGAGACAGUCCAGUGCUGGCUCCGUCAAAGGACCAACACCACUGACCUCUACACCCACAGCGGUGACCGCGACACAUCCGAUUUCUCAUCAGGGGGAGGCCGCCACAGUGUGGAGCAGUACAUCAAAGCGAGAAGUGAUUGGUCAGUCGGUCAGCCUCAGUGGGGCUGUAGACAAGUCUGACCAUCGUCGUCGGGAGUUUCCAAGUUUACAGGGAUCUAGAGUGGUGAAGAACCCUCUGAGGUCGUCACAGGACAGAGGGGUUGGUCCUGACGUCCCAGAGAUACAGACACCAAGAGAGUCCAGGUCAGUGGAUGGGGACGAGUCUAUCAGCGAGGUGAUCGGCCUUCUGCAUUCGGAUGUGCGGCGUGGUCUACAGGCAGAAGAUGACAGCAGUAAUGACGCCGAGUCCAAUGAGUCCGAGGCCAGGUCCUACGAGUCCAGUGAGGAGGAUUCAUCAGACCACAACCAUCUCCAUGUGUUUUCGGUUGCUCCAACAACUGCACCACACAGGAACAUGUCUCCUAACACAGCAGAACUUGAUGCCAAACAGUCCAAGAAGGCCAGACCCCAAAGAUCCAACCCCAGGUCAGCCCUGGAUUCUCUCUCUGCCCGUGGUGCAAGACUAGAGGACGACUUCGUGAAUGACAUGUCUAGCACUGAUGAGGAGACAACUCCAUCUAGACACAGAAAACCAGGGUCUAGACCUCACAGUGGCAGUUCACGCCCUCAUAGUGGGACGUCCAGUACGUCGAGUCCCAAAACACGGGAUCAGAGAGGAGGGUCUGGGGGCAAACGUGGGGAUAGUGGUGGGCGGGCACGAACAGUUGAUACAACGCCAAAAGUUUCCAGCAUUAGCCCCGAGCAGCGAGGGCAGUUUAACCCUGCAUUAUAUGCCGACCAGAAUGGAGGACUGCACGGCAAUGUGAUAUCCAGGAUGAGUCUCAAGAAUCUUGUACAGAUACCCAGUAAUGAUGCCAGAAUCUCAAAUGCCAAUCCUUCCUCACGCCAGUACGAUUUCACCAAAUACCAGAUGGCCGAUGUGACCGACUCCUUCGAGGCCCAGAUGUUCCUGAGUAUGAAGAGACAGCAGGAGGAGGAGGAAGCACCUGAUUCCCCGAGGAAAGACCUGAACACCUUCAACCGGAGCCCUCGACGCUCCCACCAUGAUCACAUCGCUCCACAGAUGUACUCCGAGUCACCAACAACGACCAGUGAUGACGACACCAGCUUCAGCACAUGGAAAGCACCGAUCCACCAGAUGCCACACAACUACCAAGAUGAAAUGAAAUCACGGCUCAGCAGUGACACCCUAACUUCAUCAAACCCAAGAGACUGGAGUGGAGUGUACAGUCCCCCGAUUGUCCUGCCUGGCGACCUGAACCACACCGGCCACAUGGUGGAGGAGAUCCCCGAGUCUCACAACAUAGAUUCUAGUGGUCCCCAGUCAACAGGCGAAGACACAGACGAUGAUAAGGUGAACCUCCUGUUUGACCCCAGUCUCAACUGUUACUAUGACCCGGUCACACGGAAGUAUUAUGAACUGAAAGGCACACCGGGGAUAGGCUGAGCCAAUCCCUAGCAUUCCAGUGUCUUCAGUUGCCAUAACGACAAUAUUCCACUUCCUGAGUGUGAAAUACCACACCACAAAGUAUUUCGGAUCUGUGUGUGUUUGAACUGCAUUUCCAACUCCCUGAGAAGUAUGCAACCAGAACGAUACCAUGCAUAUUUUCUUACAGUUUGUAGAGACAAGUGACUGAGUAUUUUGAAUGCAGCCCCAGAUUGUUAAUUAUUAUACUGUGUGACAUAUUUGGGGAGUACCCUUAUAAGUACAUCUACCUUUGAAAACAAAAAGUUGCCUUUAGUAAGAUACCUGUAGCUCUUCAAUAAUUUCCUGUCAGGUUUAUGAAUAAGUUAUCAACAUGAUCAGAAGUUUAGACUACCGGGUAGUUAAUAUAUAGUGGAGUAGGUAGUCUGUGCACUUAACACAUGGAAUAAAAUUGUUUGAUAUUACUGGACAGAUUCCAUCCAUGAUGUAAGUAUCUUGACAGUUACUGUGAUAUUUAUUCCAUGACUUGUACAUUCAAAAUAUUUCCUGUUAUCAGAAUAAUCUCUCUUGGUGUUUUACUACCACCAAGUGGACAAGGUAUUUGUAUAGCAACCAGAUAUAUUUUGUUGUUACUGUAUACAGUGUAUUGACAUGUUACAGGGACUGGAGUGUCAGGGUUAGGAAUUAAGAUACCUUCCUUGAUCAGUUAUUUUUGUAAUUAUGUAAAUUGUACAUAUAAAAUAGAGAUUGAUUGAU